CCCGACGCCGCCACUGCGACUUCUCCCGGCCCAGUCCGCGCCGCCGCCGCCCUGGGCGAGUUCGCCCCCACGCCAUUGCCGUGCCGUGCGGGACGGCCUCGACCCCAGCGCCCGCCACCGCCUAGCCUGCUCCCUCUCCGUCCCAAUCCGCUUGGCCGCCAGACUCAUUCAAGCGCCGGUCGAUUUGCUCGGCCGGCAUCCUCCCGUCGUCUAUCCAGCCGAGCGGCUGCCUGCCGCUGUCAUCGACGGCGACCAUCCGUGCGCGGCGUCGUGGUCUUCCAAGCAGGCUCUAAAGGGGAUUACUUCCCGCUUCGCCUUCAAAAAGGAUGGUGUUUGGCCGGAGCAAGUCGUCGUCCACGGCGACUCCUGCUGCUUCCGCGGCUUCCUCGGCGGCCGCAGCGGCGUGCUCGGAGCUGCGGGCGGCGUACCACGAGUGCUUCAACCGCUGGUACGCGGAGAAGUUCGCCAAGGGGCAGUGGCACAAGGACGACUGCGUCGGCGAGUGGCACAAGUACCGCGCCUGCCUCGAGGAACAUCUGGAAGACAAGCAUCUCAGGCAAAUCCUAUUGGAAUCAGAAACACCUGCGUAUUAUGCCCAGUUCGAUGCUGAUUCUUCUGCUAGAAAAGGAGGCACUUCGACGAAGUGACAGCCUAGGGCUAACUACAUGAUCAAGUUUCAAUUCACUCAACCAGGGUUAGGGGAUCCUUCAAAGAAGGACAAAAAGGUGUUCGUAUUUAGGUUUUAGACAUAUGCCAUGCUGCUGAUUCAUGCUGCACUUCAGCAGCUGAGAUGUAAGAUUUUCCAGGGUCAUAUUGUACUCAACCUUCCAAGUUCGAUGUACCUUCAUAUACUCGAUCAAAGUCAGUACGACAAAACAAAAGCAGUACUCUUCCAGAAA